AUGACUGACGACAGAUCCCACCUCUCGUCCUCCCAGUCUCUCUACGCUUCAACCUCGUCUCUACCGAACUCGAAGCUCUGUUCUCAAACAUACAAAUCGGCAUCUCAAUUGUUCCUCACACGUCGCCUUCAAGAAUCGCUGGCUACUCUCACCCCGAUCCUCACUACUUCUGCUAACCCAGACGAUGUACCCGUCACGAACGGCAACGACGACAGCCGCGCUUCGCCCAAUGCUCCGAUCGCAUUUGCUUCGAGUAAUGUGAGGAUAAAAGUAUGGAAUCUGUACAUCACUCUGCUGAGUAAUGUAGUGGAUCUGGGUCCGGAAGAAGGGAGAAAAGAGUUCGGGCAGAAAGAGUGGAAGACACUAGUAGCGAAAGUCCGAGAUGGAAUAAUUUGGGAAGAGAUUGUACAAGCAGGGUACCAAGGUCUAGAAGGUUCAGUUGAUGCUGACGUCGUGUAUAAUCUUGGAACAUUAUUAUUGACGCACUCGGCCUCGCAAACGCUCAACCAACAGCGAUUGGAAACUUACCUUUCAGCUUAUGGCCAGCCGAACUUGGAUGUCGCAGCGCAUUUGGAAAAUUCUCCAUCAGACCCACGACGGUUAAGCCGAAAUGGAGGUACAGACACGCCGAAGGACUUGACCGCGCGAGUGAAAAUCAUUGAACUGUUUGUUCUUCACGUUCUCCCCAGGAAUGAGGAGUGGGAUUAUGCCACAGUCUUCGUUCAGCUCAGUGAAGUUCUUGACGAGGAGCGAAAAGAAUCUUUCCUUCAAACACUGAAUGAACUCAAGGAGGAGAAAGAACGAGGCGUCCAACGUGCUGCCGAACUGCAACGUGAGAAAGAAGCAGAGAUGCAGCGCCAAAUACAAGAAGAAGAAAAACGCAAGACAGAAGCUGCUGCGGCUGCCGAACGUUUGAAAAAGACUAACAUUGAUCACAAGCGAGCAAGCAGUGAGGUUGAUUAUGGCAUUGAGAAAACCCAUCCAAAUGGUACCACCAAAAGUCGCUCAUCCAAAGCAGACAAACCAGGGAGUGAGGGAAAGUCUUCAUCAGCAUCAGGACGAACCGCUUUCUCACCACCAGCCUCAUCUUCGAAAAAUACCAAGAAGGCAGAAAAGGCUACGACGCCCGUGUCACGACAGAUGCUCGGUAUUUACAAUCUCCUCCGAAAUAUCCUUAAGGGCAUCAAAACCUCUGUUGCUGGAAACCCGAUGGCGCUCUUGCGUACAAUGCUGUUCACACUCGGAAUACUCAUGGCAUUGAGUAGACAAGAUGUUCGCGAACGAAUCCGACGACUGACCAACUCCAGUUGGCAAAAGGUACGAGGAACCGUUGGAAUGGUAGGUAUCGUUCUUGUUUUCCUUUUUUGGAACAAGCAAUCAUCACAUGUACCGAUUGAUGCUGUAAACGAAAAUGUGGAGAACAAUAAUGUGACCGAAAAGAGUGAAGAUGGGAAGAAAAGGACUAUCUUGAAGAAGGUAGUGCUAUUCAUACUCAGCCAAUGGCUCCUCAUUGGCAUGGGAAUUGCUUGUCUUCUAGCUUACUUCUUCCCCAACGUUGCUAAACAUGGGGGCGUCAUCAAAUCGGAGUACUCCAUCCUAUACGGUGCUGUGGCAUUUAUCUUUUUCGUAUCCGGCCUGAGUAUUCCACAUCGAAAGCUAUACACGCAUAUGUUCAACUGGCGGCUGCACGUUUUGGUCCAGGUGACAUCCUUCCUCUUUGUGCCUGCCGUGGUGGUCGCUCUAGUUCAUCUUAUCGUUGCCACUGAUCCGGCGUCGCAUAUCGAUCGGGCAGUCCUGGCUGGCUACAUUCUGACGGCAUGUAUACCGACAACCAUCGCCUCGAAUGUGGUUAUGACACAAGCAGCUGGCGGCGAUGACGCAGCUGCAUUGGUUGAAGUGCUCAUCGCAAAUUUCCUCGGUCCGUUUCUUACUGCAGGCUGGACAGUGGCUUUAAUACCCAAGACAGCUGAGUUCCAGCCAUGGAGAGAUGGAGGCGGCGAUAUGAGCAGUAUGUACAAGGAUGUCUUCAAGCAGUUGGGUCUAAGUGCAUUGCUCCCCCUGAUUAUCGGGCAGCUUAUUAGGUGGACCUGGGAAAAGCAAGUAACAAAGAUGCUGCAAAAACUCUACGUUGGAAAACUAAGCACUGCAUGCAUGCUGCUUCUCAUCUGGACGACGUUCUCAUCAGCAUUUGCAACGGGUGCACUGGAAACGCUCUCAACACAGAGCAUUAUCUUCACAGUGCUAUUCAACGUCGCCUUUUACCUUUUCCUUACAAUUGUAUGCUUUUAUAUUUCACGUCCACCAGCAUUUUUACGAAAAACUUUUUGGGGGAAACGCAUUUUUAUGCAAGUACCCGCAGAAGAGACAAUCGCCAUCUGCUUUUGCGGGCCAGCAAAGACAACUGCUCUGGGAAUUCCGCUGUUGUACGCCAUGUACACCAAUAUGGACCUUUUCACCAAAGCUAAGACAUCAAUCCCCGUUUUGCUAUACACUACCGAACAAAUCUGUGUGGCACAUUUCAUGGUGUAUGUGUUUCGUCGCUGGAAAAGACGUUUGGAGAACAAAACGGAUGUGCAGGAUGAAGAAAAUACCACAGGGGUCACUGAAUAG